AAGAAGAGAAAAGAAACUCUCUUAACCUCCCGAGUCGACUCGGGCGAUUCAUACGAAGAGAAAAAGAGAGGUAGCAUUUACCUGGUCAACUCGGACCGAUUCAAAACCGAUUCAAUGGCGAGUCUCAACCCAGGUAUCCUCCUCAAGCUCCUCCAGUCCAUGAAUUCCGACACCAAGGUCGCCGGAGAGCAUCGUUCGGUCCUCCUCCAGAUAGUCAGCAUCGUCCCGGCUCUGGCAGGCCCCGAUCUCUGGCCCAACCAUGGCUUCUACGUUCAACUCUCCGACUCUGCUCACUCCACCUACGUCUCCCUCUCUGAGCGUGACAACGAUCUUAUCCUUGCCAACCGCCUCCAGCUGGGUCAGUUCGUCUAUGUCGACCGCCUCUUCUUCGAUUCUCCUCCACUUCCACGCGCCUCUGGCCUCCGCCCGAUUGCAGGCCGCCACCCUUUCAUCGGCACGCCCGAUCCGUUGAUCGCCCGUAUCUCACCAUCCAAGCGCGGGUUUGUAAUCCAACCUGUCUCUGAUCCUGACCGCUCGCUGGAUCCUGUCUCGGCCUACAUCUACAGCAACAAGAAAUCUGAAGAGGAUCCGAAAUUCGACAAUGGCGGGUCCCGCCCGGUCCUUGCCCCAAAAGAGAAUGUACCUGCUGCUGAGAAUUCUGAUGAGAAGAAGGGGCUGGCGCCACCGGAGAAGCCAUCAGAGAAGCGACGGUUCUCAUCGCCAGCUGGUGUGAAAGAACGACGGUCGUUGUCAACUGGGAAGAGGAAUUUGGGGCCUGCAGCAGAGCGGGAGAACUCACCGGCACCUGCGAGGAAAUCAGGGUCACGGCCUUCAUCACCAGUUCCAUCAAAAUGUGAGGUGCCGAGCUUGGUUGCCGCAAAGGAUGAGAACCGUCGAUCGUCGAGGGAGCCGGCAAUUGUUGUGCCGUCCAGGUACCGGCAGCCUUCCCCAAUUGGGCGGAAGCAAGCAUCGCCGAGUGGGCGGAGGGGCUCGCUUUCGCCUGGGAGGAGACUUUCAGGAGGAUUGAAGGUCUCACCAGUAAUUGCUGCUGCCGUCGCUGAUUCAGCUGGUAAGAAAAAGAUGGCAGCGAUGGCUGCAGGGAUUUCCAAGGUUUCGGAUGCAUUGGUGGGGUCCACAAAGCCAAUUCGGAAGAGCUGGGAAGACCCAGCUGCAGCAUCCAUGGGGGCCUCAGCUGAGCAGAAGGAGAAGUUGGUUUCGAAAACCAAACCGGAUUUGCAAGCAAUUUUGAGGACACAGGUAGCUAUGUCAAGGCGAAUGAGUGAUGCCAAUGGGGGCCAAACCAAUCCAGAGGACGUCUCCACCAAUGAGAAACCAAGGUCUGGUGAUAAGAUCGAAUGUCUCCCUGUACCGGAGAAGCCAGUCCGCACAACCCCAAAAAUCACUGUUCAUGAACGGAAGUGGACAGAUGGUAGUUUCCCAUUAGAUGGCAUCCCGCCUAACCUGGCAAGGCUUGGAAAGGAAGCUCUACAAAGGAGAAUGCUUGCUUCUACAGCUGCUGCUGAGGCACUUGAAGAAGCCUCUGCUACUGAAUCUGUUGUGAGGAAUCUAAGCAUGUUCUCGGAUCUCUGUUCUUCUUCAUCCAAGGCCAGAUAUCCACUGCCUGUCAUCGAUCGAUUCCUGUCACUCUACGAAGAUGUAAUGAAAUCAUCAUCAAUUAUCGAAUCUCUUGCAGUACGCCGCACCUCCAAUGCCGAUCGAGACCAUUACAACUCUGCUUCCCUUGAGCGGUCCAAAUCAGUCUCUCUAUGGAUCGAAGCUGCACUGGCUACUGAUCUUGAAGCCGUCUCCCUCCUAACCCACCGAACUGAAACUCCAACAAAAGUCCUGAAUUCAGAAAAGCCCAUUGCCUCACCUCCACGGACGAGCGUUUCCAAGAGGCCAUCCCUCACAACACCUGCAAAGAAGCCCACCAAGGCCCCAGCCUCGGUCCCACCUGCAUUGUCACCAGAUUCCUCCACAUGGGUCAGAGGGUAUGGAGUGGGAGAGACGGUUGAGCUCGCGAAGAGCCUGCGACGGGAAAUGCAGGCCUGGUUCCUGCAGUUCGUCGACGGUGCGUUGGAUGCCGGAUUCCAGGUGCUGGGGGAGUAUUCCGUCCGGGAGAGCGGACAAGUUGCGGUGGUCCUGUCACAGCUGAAGCGAGUGAAUGAGUGGUUGGAGAGGGUGGGGGAGGCGGGCUUUAUGGAGCUGAUCGAACGGUUGAAAAGAAAGAUCUAUGGGUUUGUCAUUCAGCAUGUGGGGACAGCGAUCGACGGCUUGAAUUUGAAUUGAAUUCAACGGCUGGAUCUGUUUGGGACAUGAGCAUCUCUGUGUCCUUCUGUUUCAGUUAUUUCUGUUGGAUUCUGAUGGAGAUGAUCGGACGGUUAAAAUGGAAGAUCUAUGGUUUGUCAUUCAGCAUGCGAGGCCAGCAACCAACGGCUUGAAUUUGAAUUGAAUGCAACGGUUGGAUCUGUUUUGGAUAUGAAUGAUCUCAUCUGCAUUUCCUUUUAUUUCCGUUAUUUCUGUUGGAUUCUGAUGUAAUUUUUCUUUUAAAAAUAAGUAAAACUUCUUCCGGUGUAUGGUGGAUGCACCGAACAA